AUGGACUUCUUUGCCAUCUUUGGAGAACGAGUCAAAAAAAUUGGUCAUUUGCUGGCCAUGAUGGCUCCAUGGAAAGCACCCAUCUACAUCACUCGGGUGUGGUGUAUUUUCGAGAUCUUUACGGCUCAUAGGAUGGGUGGUUGCAAAGUGGAUAUUGUCAUGCCACCCAAAGAGAAGCAAUCUCUAGAGCUAGAAGUCGUUGAUAAUGGAGAAGGCAUCGAUGCUCUCUACGAGACACUUGGCAACACCAAAGUUGAAAAUGCCAAUGCAUCUGUUGAAAGUGACAGGCUGGCUAUUCUUGGACAAGUAGAAUCAGAUGUUGGAUUCUCUGUGCUCAACAAUCGAGUCAAUGACUUGUUACGUGGUUGGAUGCAUGGUGUCUUGACUCAGUUGGUGGAAACCAGAGAAAACACAAAUGAUGAAGACUAUGUGGACUUUUGUAACGACAUUGGAGUUAUCUUUGACAACAAUGGAGAACAUGAUGCAGCCAUGAAACUUCACCAGACUGCUCUUAGGAUUUGUGAGACUGUGUUCGCAUUGGGCAAGAAUGAUCCUGAUGUUGCAACUGUGUAUAUGAGUAUUGGUGCUGCCCUGCACAAUAUGGAUGACUAUGAAGGUGCUUUGUCAAAGUAUCAAGAAUGUCUUGCUAUUGAAGAAAAAAUAUUGGGCAAGAAUCAUCCUCAUGUGGCAAACACCUACAACAAUAUCGGGAAAGUGCUGUGUGAUGUGGGUGACUAUGAAGGUGCUUUGUCAAAGUAUAAAGAAUGUCUUGCUAUUGAUUUGUCAGUACAUGGCAAGAAUCAUCCCUCAUUGGCAGCCACUUACAACAAUAUUGGCGGCUUGAUGUAUAGGAUGGGUGACUAUUCUGGAGCCUUGUUGAAAUUUGAAGAGUGUCUUGCCAUUUGGGAACCAGUACUGGGAGCAGAUCAUGGUCACACCAAAGGUUGCCUAAAAUGGAUUGAAUUUGUCAAGUCAAAAAUGCAGCAACCUUGA